ACCACACAAUAAACCAAGACCUGGUACGACGCUCGCGUCAAAGAGGCCAUGGCAUCUAUCGCAAUGGAAACAUCUACAGAUCGAGCAUCACGCUUGAUCUGUCAAAAUGUCGACUGAUAAGAUCACCUUCCUCACCAACUGGCACGCUACGCCCUACCACGCUCCGCUGUACCUGGCUCAGGCCAAGGGAUACUUCAAAGACGAAGGCAUCAAGGUCGCUCUUCUUGAGCCCAACGACCCUAGCGAUGUUACCGAGAUCAUCGGCACCGGCAAAGUCGACCUCGGCUUCAAGGCCAUGAUUCACACUCUUGCCGCCAAGGCUCGCGACUUCCCCGUUCUCUCCAUCGGCAGUCUCCUCGACGAGCCCUUCACCGGCGUUGUCUACCUCAAGGACUCGGGCAUAACCACCGACUUCCGCUCCCUCAAGGGCAAGCGCAUCGGUUACGUCGGCGAGUUCGGCAAGAUCCAGAUUGAUGAGCUGACCUCGCACUACGGCAUGACGCCCGACGAGUACACCGCCGUGCGCUGCGGCAUGAACGUCUCCAAGGCCAUCAUCGAAGGCACCAUUGACGCCGGCAUCGGUCUGGAGAACGUCCAGAUGGUUGAGCUGGAGGAGUGGCUUGCCGCUCAGGGCCGCCCCAAGACGGACGUGCAGAUGCUUCGCAUCGACGAGCUCGCCGAGCUGGGGUGCUGCUGCUUCUGCACCAUCUUGUAUAUCGGCAACGAAUCCUUCAUCGCCGAGAACCCGGACAAGGUGCGCAAGUUCAUGAGGGCCGUCAAGAAGGCGACGGACUUUGUGCUGGAGGACCCGGAGCAGGCUUGGAAGGAGUAUGUUGACUUCAAGCCUGUUAUGGGCUCCGACCUGAACCGCAAGAUCUUUGAGCGCAGCUUUGCCUACUUCUCGCACGAUUUGAAGAAUGUCCAGCGCGACUGGACCAAGGUUACCAAGUAUGGCAAGAGGCUUGGUGUCUUGGACGAGAGCUUCAAGCCCAACUACACCAACGAGUUCCUCGAGUGGACUCUUGAUGAGGACUCUGCGGACCCUACUGGUGACCAGAAGAGGAUGGUUGAGCUGCAGAAUGAGGUUUCUUGCCGCGGCGGCUUCCGUCGCUUGAAGCUUCAGUCUGCUGUCAAGGCUUAAAGUCGCCGUGUUAGCGAUAGCGUGGGUGAUGAAUCGCCAUGAAAUUGUCACUCAGUCGAGCCCACGCUCUCAUCUAACCUAGGUACUCCAGGAACUGUCUGUCAUUCCAGAUGAGCUACGUUCAUUCUUUUAGAAGAAAAUAAAAAGGAUUCCUGGGAA